AUGUCCUCACAAAUCUCGCAUGAUAAUGAGAAGAGUCCAGACUUGGGAGUCAACCGACAUAGCAUUGCUGCCGGUCUGUCUCCAACACCUAUUGCUGCCAGAGAGAGCCACAUCAGACAUCAGAUGACAUUGAGGGAAGACUCCUAUACCAACAUUCAUAAUUUUACGGUAUUUGCAGGGACAUGGAACGUGAAUGGUCGUUCUCCCACAGUUGGCUUGGCUGAAUGGUUGUCGGUGGAUGAGGAGCCGCCUGAUGUGUAUGGUAUUGGCUUUCAGGAACUAGAUUUAAACACGGAGACAUUCCUCUUCAAUAAUACACCAAAGGAACAGGAGUGGUUGAAUGCUGUAUUGAAUGGAAUUCAUCCAAAGGCAAAAUACAAAAAUGUUCGUUUGGUGCGCCUUGUUGGAAUGAUGCUUAUAAUAUUGGUGCAAGAGAAACACUUUGCUUAUGUCAGCAAAGUUGCCAUUGACACAGUUGGAACAGGCAUCAUGAACAAACUGGGCAACAAAGGAGCAGUAGCUGUAAGGUUUGAGCUGCAUAACACUUCAAUAUGCUUUGUUAAUGCACAUAUGGCAGCACAUCUUGAGGAAGUAGAGAGAAGAAACGAAGAUCAUGAUUGCAUAUUCCAAAGAACAUGUUUCCACAUGAAUAUAAACAGUCCACCAAAGACUAUAAAAGACCAUGACCAUAUAUAUUUCAUCGGUGAUAUGAAUUAUCGAAUCAACCCAAGUGAUGCAGUGAAUAUUAGAGAGGUUGCAAGCAGUGGAGAUUUUAAGAUUCUUUUGGAAAAUGAACAGCUGAAUCAGCAGAGGGCUAUAAAGAGAGUCUUCCAUAAAUUCAAUGAAGGAGAUAUCACUUUCAAGCCUACUUUUAAAUAUGAUGUUGACAGUGAUGAGUGGGAUUCCAGUGAAAAGGCAAGGCAGCCAGCUUGGUGUGAUAGAAUUCUAUGGUAUGGUGAUGGAAUAAUGCAAAAUGUCUAUCGAUCACAUCCAGCUCUGAAGAUCAGUGACCAUAAACCUGUCAGUGCUGUCUUCCAGGCUGGGAUAAAGGUGAUAGAUACACGUAGAUAUCGGAGAAUAUAUGAAGAAGUUAUGAAGAAACUUGAUAAGCUGGAGAAUGAGUUUUUGCCGCAAGUGACUGUAGACACCACUGAAGUUAUCUUAGAGCCUGUAAAGUUCCUGCAGACACAAACUAAAUAUCUUACAAUUGCUAAUACUGGACAGGUUCCUGUGCAAUUUGAAUUCAUAAAGAAGUUGAAUGAUACAAGUUACUGUAAGCCAUGGCUUUCCAUCAGACCCUUUGUAAAUUUUAUCAUGCCAGGUGAUAAAUGUGAUGUUACCCUAGAGGUCUUGGUGGAUAAGCGGACUGCAGCCCAACUGAAUUCUGGCGCUGAUAAAUUAUAUGAUAUAUUGGUGCUUCAUUUGGAGGGAGGAAAAGACCUCUUUAUUACAAUCACAGGUGACUAUGAAAGAAGUUGCUUUGGAUCUUCAAUCAAUGCUCUGGUUCAUAUGAAUAAACCUUUUAAAGAAGUUCCAAUGGCUAAAUUGAUUGACUUGGAGAGUAAGCAACCAAAAGACCUUAGUGAGAUGCCAUAUGCAGUACCCAAGGAACUAUGGUAUCUGGUUGACCACCUUCACUCCCAUGCCUUGCAAGUGGAAGGUCUGUUCACCUACCGUGGCCUUCAGAAAGAAAUUACUGAAAUUAGGACUUCGCUUGAUGAAGGUGUGCCAAAUGACCUUCUUCCUGGUAGUGUUCAUUCCGUUGCUGAGGCAUUACUUCUGUUCUUAGAGGCCCUCCCAGAGCCUGUCAUUCCCUACAGCCUCUACAGUGCUGCUCUGGAUGCAACACCCAAUUUCUCCCUUUGCAAAGAAAUUGUAUCCAAGUUACCUGACUAUCACCGAAAUGUUUUUACUUACCUAAUGGCAUUCUUGAAGGAACUUUUAAAUCACUCUGAGGAUAAUAAUCUAGAUGCCAAAACCUUAGCUCUAGUGUUUGGAAGCAUUUUAUUGCGAGAGCCUCCAAACACAUCCAUGGACCGUCGCACACCUGCUCAGGCAGUAGAGAGGAAAAGGCAGACGUUUGUUCAUCACUUCCUUGUUAAUGAUUAUGAGUGAUAUGUGAAUAGUCAAUAUUAUUUAUUAAGGUUUUGUGCAAUUUGAUUUGCUUUCUUGGUUAAUAUUUCUUGAUUGUUCUUAUUAUUGUCUAGUCUUUUUAUUGUUUUGUAACUGGAUAUAGCUACCAUUGAUCCAAAAGAAUUCACUUUACUUUAUUAUUUUACUAUCUAUAUAUUAAGAUGUAAUAUCAAUGACUUGUUUAUAUUGAUAACCUUUUCUUAUUUUGUUAAAGAAAGUAUCACCUAUUGUAGAUUGUCAUAAAAAAGACUAGUGCCUGGCAGUAUUGUUAGUCUGGAACUAUUGCAUAAUUUAACAAUAUGCAUUAACUAUCUAAAAUGGAAUGAUAUAUUCAGUGAGAUGAAAGUCAAAGAACAUAUCAUAUACCAGAAAUUUCUACAAGGAUAGUUUAUUUGCUCUUUGUUGUACUUACUGUACAGGUAUGAUGUGUCUAAUGUAAAUAAGAAGUUCAGGAAAAUCUGUGUACUUGUUGGGUGAGGGUAUCAUUUUCCCAGUUCUCUUUUGAAGAGUUAAGUAUAUGAUUUUUUUUAUUAUUGUUUUUUCAUUUGCAUAUGCUAAGGGAAUUCAACAGGAGCAGUCCAUUUGUCUUGACAGUUGAUAAUUUUCUGUUCAACAUCAUAUAUGUAAUUAUUAUUCCUGCACAUAUUGUGAUUGAUAAAUGCAUGGGAAUCACAGAUAUCAUAAUUGUAAUACCAUCAUCAUUAACCCAAUCGCCCCAUUUAGCAAGAAUACAUGCCAUGCCCACUGAAAAACAAGUUUAUUUAUUGUAUUUACACAUAGAUGGCUCUACAAGUUCUUAAUCACCAAAUAGCCAGUUAUCAGAACUGCCUGUCUCACCUGUUUACCCUUUCCUUCACUUUAAGAAAGGGUCUAUUGUAUCAUUUCAUUGUCUAAAAUAUUUUAAUGACAAUUUGAUAAUCUUGAUAAUCAAUAACAAUAAUAAUAGUAUCAAUACCAAUGGUAUUAAUAAGAAAAACACAUUUUCCCAUAGGCUCCUUGCUGGAUGAGCACAUGUGGAGCCAUCUGCAUGUAAGAAAAUUCAACAAAAACGACAGGGGACAGAACAUAAAUCCGGGGUGAUUGGUUUGAGCUGAUAAUGAUCAUCACGAUCAUCAUUUGCAUUUUUAUUAUUACUCUAAUCAUGUUCAUCAUCAUCAUAGGGGUGAUUCAUUUUAUUUUAAUCUUCAUAUGUUUGUAAGAAAGGUAUUUAUACUUAUUAUAAUGAUAAUAGUAAUCAUAACAAUGGUUUUUAUUAUUAUCAUCAUUGUUGGUGGUAUUAUUAUUAUUAUCAUCAUCAUCAUCAUCAUCAUCAUUAUUAUUAUUAUUAUUGUUAUUAUUAUUAUUAUCAUUAUUAUUAUUAUCAUUAUGAUUAUCAUUAUUAUUAUUAUUAUUAUUAUCAUUAUUAUUAUCAUUAUUAUUAUUAUUAUUAUUAUUGUUAUUAUUAUUAUUAUUAUUAUCAUCAUCAUUGUUAUUAUUACUACUACUACUACUACUGUAAUUACUAUAGUUAUUAUUGUUACUAUUGUUAUUACUAUUUUUAUUGAUGACUAUUAUUUAUUAUUAUUAUUAUCAUCAUCAUCAUCAUUAUUAUUAUUGUUAUUAUUAUUAUUUUUAUUAUUAUUAUUAUUAUUAUCAUUGUUAUUAUUAUUACUAUUUCUAUUACUAUAAUUACUACAGUUACUAUUGUUACUAUUACCAUUACUAUUACUAUUUUUAUUGAUGACUAUUUAUUAUUAUUAUUAAUAUUAUUGUUAUUAUUAUUAUUUUAUUAUUAUUAUUGUUAUUGUUAUUAUUAUUAUUAUUAUUAUUAUUAUUGUUAGUAGUAGUUGUAGUAGUAGUAGUACUAUUGUCAUUACUAUUAUUAUUAUGAUUAUUAUUGUUAUUAUUAAUUUAUUACAUUAUUAUUGUUAUUACUAUUAAUAUCAUCAUCAUCAUCUUCGCAUCAUCAAUAUUACCAUUGUUAUUGUGCGUAUUAUUAGUGUAAAUAUGUAUUAUUAUUGUAAUUAUCAUUAUUAUUGGAAUUAUUAUUAUUUAUGUAUUCUUGUUAUUAUCAUUAUAAUUUCUAUUUUUAUUGAUAUAUUCUUUAUUAUUAUUACUACUAUUAUUAUUAUUAUAUCAUUAUUGUUAUGAUGAUGAUGAGGAUUAUUAUUAUUAUUAUUAUUAUUAUUAUUAUUAUUAUUACUGUUGUUGUUGUUGCUGCUGCUGUUAUUGCUAAUGUUAUUAUUUUAUUAUUAUUAUUGAUAUUAUUAUUAUUAUUAUCUUUAUUAUUAUUAUUAUUAUUAUGAUCAUCAUCUUCAUCUUCAUCUCCAGCAUCAUCUUCAUCGUCAUCAUUAUCAUUAAUAGCUAUUAUCUUUUUAUUGAUUUAAUAGUAUGGGGCGGAUUUAGGGUGCUGGGCCCUGAUCAAAAUAUUUUCUUGUUAUUGUAAUUAAAAAUCUAUUUUAUCAUUGUUUUGCAUUAUGGUUGUACUAUUUAGUAUGUUGUAGUGUUUUUCAAGAAAAGAGCUAACAUUAAGAUUUUCAACUAAAAAGUGUGUUUGUAUGGUUCAGUUAUCACUUCAAAAUUCACUAAAUAGAUAAUUGAAGAUAAUUGCUAGAAAUAUUGUGUUCUGAUGUAAAUAUUGACAAGUAAGAGGGUAAAAUGAAAUUAAACUUUCUAUUUGGAAAAACUCAUUUUGAAUACUAUGAAAAAAUGCUUCUAAAUACGAAAUAACUAAUAUCUGUAGAAGCAUAUCUGUCAGAAUGAAUGUUGAACCUUGAGUAUGCAAUAGAAUUGUAAAAGUACUUGUAAGUCAAGAACCAAUAGUUUUAAUGGAUGCACUUCUAAUUAUAUGAGCAAUAACAAAUUUCCUUAGGCAAUAUAGUUAAAAGUAAAAAAUGGCAUUAGAAAUAUAUAACCAUAAUAGUUUUUUUUAUGAUAUUGGUUAAACUGAGCCAUGAAUAUGUAUCAUUAUGUGAAUGCAGACUCCUACCACCAUUUUGUGCUAAAUGGUCUUGGGUAGAUAUGAUAUAUAAAUUGGUUCACAUUUUCUCAUAAUCAUUUGGUAGCUUCACAUAUACAGGUAAAAUACAUAUACAGGUAAAAUAUGAUAAUUUAGUAACAUUAACAACCAAAGUUAUUAUAACUGUGUACAGAACUGUAGAUCCAAUAACACACUUAGAAUAUAUAUCAUAUACUUUAUUGAUCAAAGCAAUGUUUGCAAAACUUUUGCCAUGUAAAGUCUGUAACUGUGUAGACUGUGCAUUAAUACUUUAUUAUGAGGUUUUUGUUAUUAGAAAAGAUACUUCCCCUAAAUCCGCUCUUGUUUAUGUAAGUAUUAUUUUUGUAUUUGUCAUUAUUAAUGCUAAUUCUGUGAAUGAUUACUGAAUUGUUUUUUUGAGAAAUUAUUUUGAUUUUGGUAAUCAGAUUGCUUAUUGUAUUAGAAUCAUAAUGUAGUUAGUACAUGUAACUCUUAAGAAUAUCAUUCCAUCAUUCACUUAGGAGAACUAAUAAAGUACACCUUGCAUUAUUUACUCUAUAA